GCCGCGGCACCGGGGCCCGCCGCGGGGGCCGCGGCGGCGGCGGGCGGCGGGGCCCUCCCGCGGCGGCCGCAGCGGCGGAGGAGGCGCCCGAGCGGACGCCACCGCCGAGCCCCGGGCCCCGCGCGGGGGGCGCGGAGGCGGAGGGCUGCGGCGGCCCCGCGCGCCGCCCGGACGGCGGCGGCGUCACGGGCCUGGGCGCCCGCGGCCGCGCGUCGUGCGACUGGGCUGGUUGCGCGGGGCGGCGCACGGGCGCCGGGCCGGGCGGGGAGCCCACGACGCCCGGCGGCAACUCGCAGAUCAUCUUCGGCGACGACCGCCCCGACGAGCCCGCUGGGCGGUGGGCCGCGCCGCGCGAGCCGCGCCCCGCCACGGCGGCCAGCAGCCCAGAGGGCUGGCGCGGGGCCGACAUCGGCGGCAGGGAGGAGGUUCCCGGGUCGCGGCCGCGGACGCACCGCCCCGGCAUCCGCAUCCAGCAGCAGCCCGGGGGCGCCACGGCGUUCGGGCCAGCCUGGGCCGUGGCCUCGGACUUCGAGCAGAGGUCGCGCAAGUUCUUCCCGGAGGCCGGCGGCGCCGGCGCGAACCGCGACAAGGGCGCCAUCGAGGCGCUGCGGUACUUCCAGGACAGCGACGAGGGGCUCGGCCGCGUCCGCACGGAGGGGGUGCAGCACUGGGUCGAGCCCCGCGCCCGAGACACGCACCGCUACCAUCACGACGAGCCCACGGGGCGGGCGCGCGGGGCCCCCGGCGGCCAGGGUGCCUUCCCGCCCUCGCAGCAGCCCCGCCUCGGGGGCGGCUUCGAGGGGCCCCACGGCCUGCGCGGCGACUGUGCAGGGCAGGAGUCGUGGGACUGCGACAGCACCGUGUACCGCGACAGCGACCGCGGCGUGGAGCUGCCGUCUGGAUCGGAGUACUCCGCGCGGCCCUUCUCGCGCAGCGGCGGCGCGGGCUUCUGA